AUGGAACUCUUGGUUUCAGCAGCAGAAAUCUACCACACCAAAGAUCCUGGUAAAUAUGGUCUUGGUCCUCAGAUAAGUAUAUCCAGUUGUUUUAUGAGAAAAUCUUUUUUUUAUCCUUUGGAUAAUUUUUAUCAACAAUUUACAUAUGCAUAUGGACAAGUUUCCACUGGAAAAAAACAUACCCUUGAAAUAACUGAUAAAUCAGUUGGAAAAUGGGAGAAUGAUGAAAUUAUGAAGUGUUUUGUUUCACUACAAUUAUUUGCUCGAUGGUAUAGACAGAUCAUGAAUUUGUACUUUGAUAACAAAGUGAAUUUAGGAAAG